GUACGUUCGAGCGGCAUGAAGGGAGGACGGCGAUCCAACAGGAGGCUCCUCAGGUCCUUCCUGGGCGCCUGCAGGAAGCUCAGCGCCGAGCUGCAGCUGCUCGGCCCGACGGCGAGCGCGUGGGCGCAACUCGAGGCCGGAGACGAGGCCAUCCCGGUGGACGUGCCGAGGGGCCACACGGUGGUGUACGUCGGGGAGGAGCUGCGGCGGUACGUCGUCCGGGUCUCCUCCCUCGACCACCCGCUGUUCCGGGAGCUGCUCGACCGCGCGCGGGAAGAGUACGAGUUCGCCGCCGACGCCAGGCUCUGCCUGCCCUGCGACGAGGACAUCUUCCUCGCCGUGCUCUGCCACGUCGACUCCAACCACGACUACUGGAGGCUGGCACUCUGCAGCUGAUCCCCCGAACGCCGCGCGCGUUGGCCCCUCUCCUGUGUAGGAUGCAAAGUACAGCAGCUAAUUGGUGCGGGAUGACGAGAUUUGCGUUCAUGGUCUCGGGUGUAUAGGUGUAGGCUCCAUGUGUGCACAAAUUUAGUUCCGUUGUUCAAUGCUCUGUAUUCCAUUCUCCAAGGAUGCGUCGCAUGCAAAACGUCGUGGUA